AUGGGAGAAAUCUGUGGAGUCUGUUCGCAGAACGAGUCCAAGUACAAGUGCCCAUCUUGUCAAGUGCGAUACUGCUCCAUCGCAUGCUUCAAACAACAUAAAGAGACGCACGCAAAUGACCCACCAAAAGAGAAGCCCGCCCCUGCGCAACCGAUAGCUGCCGAAACAACCACAGUGCCAACCACCACAAGGAACGCCCUCCCAGGAAGCACCAAGAAAAUAGACUUCACCAAUUUCGAAUCAGACCCAGAACUCCUACGCCUACUAUCUCGUUACCCAAACCUGCGCAUCCAGCUCCAGAGCGUCUAUGGUCUGACUCUAGAACCUCCACCGCAAGAGCAGCCUUCGUCCAACUACAGAGGCAGAGGUAGAGGCAGAGGAAGAGGAGGUUUCCAUCAGCAAUCCCACUGGUCGCAAGCAAAAGGUGACAAAGAGGCUACCGAAUCUUUCAAGAAUAUGAGACGUGUCGAGGGUGAUGACCAAGGGCUGGCUGAGUUUGUUCACUUGCUCAAGAUGAGAUUUGCGACUGAUGCUGGACACGCUGGCCCUUGA